UUAUAUAGAGAUUUAUUUCCCCAAAAAAUACCCAACAAUUUCUGCAACUACAACCGUAUUAAAAUUACUAAGGACCCACAAUCAUAACCCCAUUUUUUCCUCUGUUUUUGUAUCUUAUGAUUUUUCUGAAUUUGAUCAUAAAAUUCCCUUUGGUUACCCGAACGGGGGACCCUUUUCCCAGCCUUUCCAGGUAAAACUUUGUUGAGAAUGGAAAAACACAGCCAUGAAUAUACGGAAAACCCUUCACUACUCACCCUUCAAUUUCACACAAAAUUCAAUUUCAAUUGAUCUCGAUCUGUUUCUGAAUCAUGCAUUUAGGUUUUGUUUUGGGUGAUUUCCAAUUCUGUUGGUGGAAAAAAAUAUGAAAAAGUCAAAUGGAUCUAGCUUCAGCAAAAUGUGUAAUCAACAGCAUUUCUCGAUUCAUUCAUUUAGUUUCGUGCCAAACAGUGAAGCCUAUCCCUCUUCAGAAGAACUGUACUAAUAUGGUUUCCGUUUUGCGGUGUUUGAAACCGGUGCUUGAUGAUGUUUUUGAUUACAAAGUUCCUUUGGAUGAGAAUUUGUAUAGAGAAUGUGAAGAGUUGGACAGGCAGGUUAAUGAAGCUAGGGAGUUUGUUGAAAAUUGGAGUCCGAAGACAAGCAGGGUUCAUAGUGUAAGCAGUCAGUUAUUAUUUGUACCCAAAGUUCUUCAAAGUGGAGAACUGUUAAUAAUGUUACAGGACACUGCACUUAGGAUUUGUCACAUAAUUGAUAGAUUCCAUAAGUUAACUUCAUCUACCUCAGUUUUGAAUAAUCUUCAGCACCAUAUGCAGGAACUGAAGUGUCUUAAGAAGGAAUCAACAUCGGUCUAUAUAGAAGAAGUGCUGAGAAAUCAAAAGGAUAAUACUAAGCCUAGCUAUGAACGUCAAAGGGAAAUUAUAGAGUUACUUAAUUUGACGUCAAACCAGGAUCUACUGAAAGAAAGUAUUGCUGUGGAAAAGGAAAGGUUGAAUGCGGAAGUUAACAAAACAAAAGGGGAGUUGGAUAAAAUUAACCAAAUUGUGAAUCUUGUUUGCAGUUUACGUGAUUAUGCAAUGAAAACUAAAUGCCCUGAAGUCAAAAGUGAUGUGUCAGUCCCAACGUACUUCCGAUGCCCUUUAUCGCUUGAACUCAUGUUGGAUCCUGUUAUUGUUGCUUCAGGUCAAACAUAUCAGAGACAGUCCAUCCAAACUUGGCUUGAUAGCGGGCUGAAUGUUUGUCCCAAGACUCAUCAGACACUUAACCAUGCAAUUCUAAUUCCCAAUUAUACGGUUAAAGCUAUGAUAGCAAGUUGGUGUGAAGAAAAUAACAUCGAACUUCCCCAUCAUUCAAAGCAGGGUAAUUCUACCCAAAGUUCACCCCCCAAAGAUUAUUUAUUGCAUCAAGAUUUAAAUCGACUCUGUAGUUUUGGGUCUUCGCAUAGCAGCAAUUCCAAUUCAAAAUCAUCUCUUCAAACCGGAAAUGCAUUUGAAAAGCAAAAGGGUGAUGAGUUCUCCAGAUUAAGCGGUGAAGGUGAGACAGAAAUGUUUGAGCAACAAUCUCAGGCUCAUUCAUGUAGUCAUAGCAGAAGUGAGUCAUUUUCAAGUUCUAUUUCUAGUACUGAUUAUGUACCGUCGGUUUCAAAAAAGGUGUCACAGAUAUCAAAUAAGCAAUCAAAUGUGAUGUCGUCUGGAGAAAUUAAUAAUAAUGUGUUUCUUGCUUAUCCUGCAAAUGAAGAUGUUGCGAAUUUUCCAACGGUAUCACAAGAGCAAUUUCAAAGCCCUGGAUCAAAAGCAACAACGUCAGGGAUAUCAAAUAAACAUCAAAAUGUGCAGGAGAAGCAUCAAAAUGUGCAGGAGAAGCAUCAAAACGUUCCAACGGUGUCAGGGGUAUCGACUAAGCAUCAAAGUGUGCUGUUGUCAGGAGAAACAAAGAAUAGUGUGUUUCCUGCUUCUCCUGCAUAUAAAGAAUUUGGGAAUUUUCCAACGGCAUCACAAGAGCAAUUUCAAAGCCCUGUAUCAAAAAACGCAAAGACGCCAGAGAUAUCCAAUAAACAUCAAAAUGUGCAGGAGAAGCAUCAACAUGUUCCAACGGUGUCAGGGGUAUCAAACAAGCAACAAAAUGUACAGGAGAAGCAUCAAAAUGUUCCAACGAUGUCAGGGGUAUCAAAUAAGCAAGAAAAUGUACAGGAGAAGCAUCAAAAUGUUCCAUUGGUGUCAGGGUUGUCAAAUAAACAACAAAAUGUACAGGAGAAGCAGGAAAAUGCACAGGAGAAGCAUCCAAAUGUUCCAGUGGUGUCAAGGAUAUCAAAUAAGCAUCAAAAUGUGCUGGAGAACCAUCAAAAUAUUCCAACAGGGACAUCAAAUAAGCAACAAAAUGUGCUUCUGUCUGGAGAAAUUAGUAAUAGUGUGUUUCCUGCUUCUCCUGUAAAUAAGGAAGUUGAAAAUUUUCCAACGGUGUCGCGAGAGCAAUUUCAAAGCCCUGGAUCAAGAAAUGCAAUGACGCCGGAGAUAUCAAAUAAACAUCAAAAUGUGCAGGAGAAGCAUCAAAAUAUUCCAACGGUGGUAGGGAUAUCAAAUAAGCCUCAAAAUGUGUCAGGGAUAUCAAAUCAGCAUCAAAAUGUGCAGGAGAAGCAUCAAAAUGUUCCAACGGUGUCAGGGAUAUCAAAUACGAAUCAAAAAGUGCUUCUGUCUGGAGGAAUUAAUAAUAAUGUGUUUCCCGCUUCUCCUGCAUAUAAAGAAUUUGGGAAUUUUCCAACGGCAUCACGAGAGCAAUUUCAGAGCCCUGGAUCAAAAAAUCAUACGACAGAGAAUGAAAAUAAUUACAAUAACAAUAUUGUUUUUACUAGCCAUUCAAGUUCAGAAGAUGAUGUCCAUUCUGUUUCCAGCACAGAAUCUGAUAAAUUGACCACCGCACAUGUCGGUAAGUUGAUUGAAGAUCUACAAAGUCAAUCAAAAGAAACACAAGCUACUGCUGCCGAAGAAUUGCGGCUUCUUACGAAGCAUAACAUGGAAAACCGUAUCAUUGUUGGGAAAUGUGGUGCCAUUAUGCAUUUACUUCCACUGCUAUAUUCAGACAUGAAGAUAACACAAGAGCAUGCUGUGACAGCUAUACUGAAUUUAUCGAUCAAUGAAGACAACAAGACCUUGAUUAUGGAAGCAGGAGUCAUAGAACCACUUAUCCAUGUUUUGAAGAAUGGAAAUAAUGGUGCCAAGGAAAAUUCGGCUGCAACUCUAUUCAGCCUCUCAGUACCAGAAAACAAUAAGAUGAAGAUUGGUCGCUCUGGUGCUGUUAAAGCUUUGGUGGAGCUUCUAGCUUCUGGAACUAUUAGAGGAAAGAAAGAUGCUGCAACUGCUUUAUUUAACCUAUCAAUAUUUCACGAGAAUAAAGCUCGGAUAGUUCAAGCUGGAGCUGUGAAAUUUCUGGUUAAGCUAUUGGACCCUGCUGAUGGAAUGGUUGACAAGGCUGUUGCUCUUUUGGCAAACUUAUCAACAAUCCCAGAGGGUCGAAUAGAAAUUGUACGUGAAAGGGGAAUCCCCUUACUGGUUGAACUUGUGGAAUCGGGUUCUCAGAGGGGAAAGGAAAAUGCUGCAUCGAUUGUCUUGCAACUUAGCCUUCAUAGCCCUAAGUUUUGCACCCUCAUUCUUCAAGAAGGAGCUGUACCUCCCAUAGUUGCAUUGUCCCAGUUUGGCACGCCAAGAGCAAAGGAAAAGGCACAACAACUUCUCAGUCAUUUUCGUAGUCAGCGUGAAGGAGCUAACGGGAGGGGAAAAUCAUGAAGAUAAACAAUUUCGGUUAUUUUGUUGCCCUUCACUUUCUCUUUCAGUUAUUAAGGUCUGUAGGUUUACUUUCAUUACUAAUUUUUUUAUUCUUUUUAAAUGUAUCAUUUACUUCGCAGUAGUGUCGAGGGUUUUAUCUUACAGUUUUCCCUUUUAUUCUGUUGGUUUUAAUGGCUUUGUUUCAUUCUCAUUGAAGAGGUGUGUUAUAUUAGGUAAGUUAUUUCUGAAGCUUUAGCUUGGCGACAAAAGUUGAACUCUAUUUUGCUAGAGUCAAGAGUCAUAACUGGUGUGGUCCCUGGUCUUUUUUGUAUAUAUAUUUGUAAAUAUGGUAUAAAAUCUUGUGGUCUACCACAAUUGUAUUCAAUCAUGUGAUCAAUUCAUGCUUUCACUC